UCAGCAACCACCAACCACCACACCAACAUUACCUCGUCACCUGGUUUUGGGCAUUUCUACAGCAAGGACAUGGCACUACGGAUCAGACACUCUGGUUUCACAAGACUAUGUGGAUCUAGGGUCAACAGUUCGGGUGCAAUUAGAAGGCACUGCAUCCCCCGAUCAGGAACACGUAGCUUUGCCCAAGCGAGCGAGACACCACCAGCAGCAACCCAUGGGUUUUCGAAUGGUCAGAACCUUGGGAGCAUCACGCUCAAGAAGAAUGGCAUCUACCUCGAAAACAAGUUGCGCAUUGUCAAGGAGCGUCCCGGUAGUGAAGCUCUACGCUGGGAUGGCGAGAGGCUCUAUUUCGAAAAUGCUGAAGGCGAGGACCGUACCUAUGUCUCCAAUCUAUGGCUAAGAGAUCAAUGCCCAUGUAGCGAAUGUGUCCAUCCUGUUACUCGACAGAGACAGCUUGAUACCUUUUCGAUAUCUAACGAUCAAGCAGGGCAAGACGGACAUCAGAGUGGAUACCCGCUGAAGGUGCUCCGAAAGGGCAGACCAACCCAUACCAGCGUACAAAGAAGAGGGCUUGUCGAGCAAGUCAUGUUUGACAAUUCGAUUGCGGCCAAGCCACCGACGGUUGAUUACAAGAGCAUCAUGGAGUCAGACGGUAUCGCCGAAUGGACUCGUCAGAUCGUAUGCGGUUUCUACGACUUCACGUCGAACAUGGCAAGCAAAGAUACUGCUUAUACAUCAUUGGCACUCGAGGCACAUACCGACACGACAUACUUUUCGGAACCAGCGGGACUGCAGAUGUUCCAUAUGCUCUCUCAUACCGGUGGAUCUGGUGGUGAAUCCUUGCUGAUUGAUGGGUUUGCAGCAGCCAGACAGCUCUAUGCCGAAGACAAAGAGGCAUACAAGAUCCUCAGUACAGUGGGCAUCUGGGCACAUGCAAGUGGCAACGAGGAUGUUAGCAUCCAGCCAUAUGUAUGCUUCCCUGUGCUUUCCCACGAUCCUGUUCUAGGCCACUUGAUCCAGGUGAGAUGGAACACUGCAGACCGAGCGGCAAUCGAAGCGCCUAGCGACAUGAUAGAAAAGUGGUACGAAGCUGCCAGGAAGUUCAACCGCAUCUUGAACGACCCACAAAACCAGUACUGGACACAACUUGAGCCAGGCAUGCCUUUGAUCUUUGACAACUGGCGAGUGUUGCACGGAAGAAGCGUGUUCACAGGCAAGAGACGAAUGGCCGGAGGUUACACCGCAAAUAUGUCGACGCUCGAAGAUUUGGACGCCUUGGAGCACCAGGACAAGAAGGAAGGCGAGGACCAAGACCCUAAGAAGCCCAACCAGAGCGGCGAUGCCGACAUGAAGGAUGCCGACGGCGACAAGAAGGAAGAAGAGGAGGAAGAGGUGCUGGACGCAGACAUCCUCAACUCAAGCACACGAGACAUUNNCCAACUCCCGUACCUCGUCGGCAACGUUGUCGAGAUCCUCGACCUGGACGUCGAAGCAGAUGCCGCCGAAGAAGGCGCCAACGUUGAUCUGGAUGCCACUCGCGUGGGCAAAUCCGCCGUCAUCAAGACAUCGACUCGCCAAACCAUCUUCCUGCCCCUCAUUGGUCUUGUCGACCACGAGAAGCUCAAGCCUGGUGAUCUGAUUGGUGUCAACAAGGACUCAUACCUCAUUCUCGACACACUUCCCGCCGAGUACGACAGCAGAGUCAAGGCCAUGGAGGUUGAUGAGAAGCCCACUGAGAAGUACACCGAUGUUGGUGGUCUAGACAAGCAGAUUGAGGAACUGGUUGAGGCUGUUGUCUGGCCCAUGAAGGAGGCUGAGCGCUUCAAGAAGAUCGGAAUCAAGGCCCCCAAAGAAGCCACCUUCCUCAAGCUCGCCGGUCCUCAGCUUGUCCAAAUGUUCAUCGGUGACGGUGCCAAGUUGGUGCGCGACUGCUUUGCUCUGGCCAAGGAGAAGGCUCCCUCAAUCAUCUUCAUCGACGAGCUUGAUGCUGUCGGUACCAAGCGUUUUGACAGCGACAAGAGUGGUGACCGUGAAGUUCAACGUACCAUGCUCGAGUUGUUGAACCAGCUCGACGGUUUCGCCAGUGAUGACAGAAUCAAGGUUCUUGCCGCAACAAACAGAGUCGACGUUCUUGAUCCUGCUCUGCUUCGUUCUGGUCGUCUUGACCGCAAGAUCGAGUUCCCCUUGCCCAACGAGGAGUCCCGCGCUCAAAUCCUGCGUAUCCACAGCAGAAAGAUGACUGUCGACGAGGGUGUCAACUGGCCUGAGUUGGCAAGAAGUACCGACGAGUUCGGUGGUGCUAUGCUCAAGGCUGUUUGUGUCGAAGCUGGAAUGAUUGCGCUACGUUCGGGACAGUCCAAGAUUGUCCACGAGCAUUACGUCGAUGCGAUUGCUGAGGUGCAAUCGAAGAAGAAGGAAUCGAUCUCUAUCUACGCCUAA